ACGUCAGGCACGGAAGCCGCGGCUCGGACCCUGCUUUCCACAGUCGGCUGAGAAGAGCGCGUCGCUCGUCGGAUGACGCGAAUUUACGCCGACUCGAAGGCUCGAAGGGGACAGAAAGCGUGGAAGAAGGCAGUCGCUGAGCGCGGGUUUGGGGACGCGAGCAGAAAUGGAAACUGAAAAUAAGAAAACUAUGGAAGAAAGCACUGAGAAGAGAAAAGAAGAAAAAAAGAAACGCUCAAGGGUUAAACAGGUGCUUGCAGAUAUUGCCAAGCAGGUAGACUUCUGGUUUGGGGAUGCAAACCUUCACAAGGACAGGUUUCUUCGCGAGCAAAUUGAAAAAUCUAGAGAUGGAUAUGUGGACAUCUCUCUUCUGGUAUCUUUUAACAAAAUGAAGAAGUUAACCACUGACGGGAAGCUAAUAGCAAGAGCAUUGAAAAGCUCGUCUGUAGUAGAGUUGGACCUAGAAGGAACCAAAAUCCGGAGAAAAAAGCCCCUAGGUGAGAGACCAAAGGAUGAGGAGGAACGCACCGUGUAUGUGGAGUUACUCCCCAAAAAUGUUACGCAUAGCUGGAUUGAAAGAGUAUUUGGGAAAUGUGGCAAUGUGGUUUACAUAAGUAUUCCACAUUACAAGUCUACAGGGGAUCCCAAGGGAUUUGCCUUUGUGGAGUUUGAAACGAAAGAACAAGCAGCAAAAGCCAUUGAGUUUCUUAACAACCCACCCGAAGAAGCACCAAGAAAACCUGGCAUAUUUCCCAAGACAGUGAAAAACAAACCCAUCCCUUCCUUAAGAGUAGCUGAAGAGAAGAAAAAAAAGAAGAAGAAGAAAGGCAGACUAAAGAAGGAAGACAGUGUGCAGGCCAAAGAGUUAAGUAUAGACACCGGUAGCAUGGGAGUGUGCAAAGCUAAGAGACCAAGGACGGCCUCUGAAGGCUCUGAAGCAGAGACUCCUGACGUUCCAAAGCAACCUGCAAAGAAAAAGAGGAAACGAGACAAGGUUGAGGCAUCCGUCUUACCUGAAGUCAGAACAGGGAAGAGGGAGAGAAGCAGCGCUGAGGACGAAGACUGCCUACCCCCCAGGCCAAAAACCAAGAAAAGGGCUCAGAAGGAUGGCCUUAGCGAAGCUGCUUCUGAAGUCUCCAAGGAAAGCAGAGACUUAGAAUUCUGCUCUACAGAAGAGGAGAAGGAGACUGGAGACACAAAAGGUGACUCGCUCCUGAAAGUGAAAAGGAAGCAUAAGAAAAAACAUAAGGAGAGACAUAAAAUGGGAGAAGAGGUUAUACCGCUGAGAGUGUUGUCCAAAACUGAGUGGAUGGAUUUGAAAAAAGAGUACUUGGCACUGCAAAAAGCCAGCAUGGCUUCUCUGAAAAAAACAAUAUCUAAGAUAAAAUUGGAGUCAGAAAUGGAAACAGACUGUGCGGCGGCUGCUAAGUCUGGAGUGAAUAAUGGAAAAGCAGUCGGCCCUCCAGAGUGCUGCACCCAGGAGAAGGCCAGUGCACAAGGUCCACAGUUCGUGAACGGAGUUAUCGUGAAGAUCACGAGCACAGAGCCUCUACCUGGCAGGAAACAAGUCAGGGAUAUUUUGGCCACAAUCUCAGAAGUUGUUUACGUUGAUUUGCUAGAAGGAGAUAAUGAAUGCCAUGCCCGGUUCAAAACUCCUGAGGAUGCUCAGGCGGUAAUGAAUGCACAGACUGAAAUUAGAAAGAAGCACUGUUGGAACCUCGAGGUCCUUUCUGGUGAUCACGAGCAGAGGUACUGGCAGAAGAUUUUGGUAGAUAGACAGGCCAAACUUAAUCAACCUCGGGAGAAGAAAAGAGGCACGGAAAAGUUAAUCACCAAAGCUGAGAAGAUUAGACUGGCCAAGACUCAACAAGCCAGUCAACACAUUCGAUUCUCUGAGUAUGAUUGAGAAGGACGGCAGCUCCAUUUGGGUUUCUCUUUCUGGAGCGUUCUUAGAAUGCUAGGACUGCUUGAUGGAUGUUCUGCUGAGUUCUACAUUAAAAAAACAAAAAGAAACCUUUGUUCCUCAAUGUGUAAAUAAGACUUUUCUUAGAAACAGAUGAAUUAUAUGUCACUGUUUGUUUGUUUUUUUUCAAUGAAGCUUACUUGUUGAAAUUAUGCAGGUCAACUUAAUGAUUUCAUAAAUAAAUGGGUUUUGAAAACUA